GCCCCUGCGCAGUUACGGUAUAGGUGAAAUGCAGGCGUUUUAUGACCGUGCCUGCAGGACAACACUCCCAAAAUUUCUCCCUUUCCCUUCUCUUCCGCAUAUCAACAUUUGUUCGUAGGAGUGUCGUCCCCCAUGCUUCAUUCUGUUUCAUUCGUGGCACUGUCUUUGGUCCUGUCAGGCUAUGCUCAAAGUCCUACUUAUUCGGCAACUUAUUUGCCUUCAAACGCUCCCUAUCAAAGCGAGCAGGGGCAGGCAGGUUACAACAACUGCACCUCUGGCUACAGUCAGACGUCCGAGUGCCAGAAUGCUUAUGUCAACACUGUUCAGGAUUGGUGUAUCUGGGGACCUCCUCAGCCAGGCCCUGACUCGGUCAUCGGGAACACCGAGCAAAUCGAAGUAGCAUGGUGCAUGCAGAGCGGGUACGGAACACGACUGAUCCCAGACGGUGCCAUCACUGGUGCGCACGUCGUGGUCACUCCAGACUACGUUCAGGUCACAGGGGUCGGCAAUCUUACAAACAUCAACAUUCCUGCCGGCGACAGUGGCGGCGAGCUUGACCCUCAUGGUGCAGAUGGUAACGGCAAUCCUAUCGGCGGUCUUGUGUUCUCUAGCGCAUUCGGCACGUUGGAGCAAAUUCACGAGUGGACGAAUUUUGUGGCAGAUGAUCAAUUCUGCUUCCGCGCUUGCAAGCCUGCGGUAAAUGCACCGACAAUGUGUCAGCAUAUUUAUGAUGUUAUGGGGUGCGAGUGGAAUAUGCCUGCGAAUUAUUCUCCGGGAGUGUUUGAGCAGUGCUUGGGUGACUCAGCUGAGCCUAUGGGUGUCUAUGGGACGUCCACGUUUCAACAAGGGGAGCCUGUCACACCAUCUGCGCAUCCCAUACCCUCUUCUUCCAGCUGCACUUUCUACAGCACAAUCAGUAACGGCCAGGGCGUUUUGACCGGAGGAAUCACAUCCAAAGCCAGCACAGCAACAGCAACAGCAACUGGUGCCUUCAAAUCUGGAUCGUCCUCCGGCGCGCCAAACUCGACGGGUUCUUCGGCUGCUCUACUGACCGCGCCCCCUGCAGGCUGUCAACGCUUGGCUAUCGUUGUUUCGACAAUUGUGAUAGGGUUCUCUAUGGGCGUCAUUGUGACUUUUUAGAACAUUUGCCCAUUGACACUUUACUAUAAUCAUGCUGAUUGAAAGCUUGGACUAGCUAUGUCAGUUGUGCCUCACAUUUCUUAUUCUCUUGCCUUACUUAUCGUCUAUCGCUUCAUAUUGGCGAACCAAAAAUGUAGAAUACAUACGGUCGAUUUCGGGAUACUCUUGGGAUACAUGAACUUUGUCGUCUGUGUCGUGUGCUAGAUGGAAUCUUUCUUUAGAACUACAGUUACAAUAAAAACUUUACAGAGGCUCGAUGUCUGGGACUGGGCCAACGGCAACUACCCUGGAGGGGUUGACCUGCUGUGUGUAAGUAUGAGU